AAAAAACUCAUCUUCAAAAACUCACAUUCAGCAAUCAAAACUCAAAACUCAAACCCUAACCCUCAAUUCGAACUGAAAUCGCCAUUGUUUCCGUGAUCUCGUUGCAAUCGGAGAUAUGACAGCGACUACGGUGAGCUCCGCCGGUGGUCUAUUGGCCAUGCUUAACGAGCCGCAUCCGUCUCUCAAACUUCACGCUCUCUCGAAUCUUAACGCGUUUGUUGAUCACUUUUGGCCGGAGAUCUCCACCAGCGUCCCUAUCAUAGAGAGUUUAUACGAAGACGAAGAGUUUGAUCAACGCCAGUUGGCUGCUUUACUUGUUUCAAAGGUUUUCUAUUACUUGAGUGAGCUUAACGACUCGUUAUCUUAUGCCCUUGGAGCUGGCAAUUUAUUUGAUGUUUCUGAGCAAUCUUAUUACGUUGAUACUCUUCUUGCCAAAGCUAUCGAUGAAUAUGCAACUCUGAGAACAAAGGCAGCAGAAUCAAAGGAAGCGUCUGCUGAUGUGGACCUUAGGCUGGAAGCAAUAGUUGAGAGAAUGCUUGAUAAGUGUAUAACCGAUGGAAAGUAUCAACAAGCAAUAGGAAUGUCAAUUGAAUGCCGAAGGUUGGAUAAACUUAGGGAAGCGAUUACAAAGAGUGAUAAUGUUCAUGCAACUCUGUCAUAUUGCACGGAUGUAUCUCAUGCUUUUGUCAAUAGGAGAGAAUAUCGCCGUGAGGUACUUCUUCUUCUUGUCAAAGUAUACCAAGAUCUUGCAUCCCCCGACUACUUAAACAUUUGCCAGUGCCUUAUGUUCCUCGAUCAACCUGAUGGUGUUGCAAGCAUACUCGAGAAACUUUUAAGAUCCGAAAACAAAGAUGAUGCGAUGAUGGCAUUUCAAAUCGCUUUUGAUUUAAUUGAAAAUGAGCACCAAGCUUUUCUACUGAGUGUCAGAGACCAGUUGUCAAGUCCCAAGUUGAAACCUGAAACGCCAGCUGUCACGGAGCGAAAUCCCUCUGUGUCAGAGGACACUCAAAUGGCUGAUGAAACACAACCACUUAUUGCUACAGAGGUUAUAGUGCCUGAAUCUGAUGAUCCAACUGAAGUGACAUAUGCUGAGAGGUUGACUAAAUUGAAGGGGAUAUUGUCUGGUGAAACUUCGAUUCAGUUGACUCUCCAGUUUUUAUACAGUCAUAACAAGUCGGAUCUGCUUAUUCUCAAGACAAUAAAGCAAUCAAUCGAGAUGAGAAACAGCGUUUGCCACAGUGCAACAAUAUAUGCUAACGCCCUUAUGCACGCUGGAACAACCGUAGACACAUUUUUAAGAGAAAAUCUGGAUUGGUUGAGCAGAGCCACAAACUGGGCUAAAUUCAGUGCAACAGCCGGGUUAGGUGUUAUUCAUCGAGGCCAUCUUCAACAAGGAAGAUCGCUCAUGGCUCCUUAUCUUCCUCAAAGUGGGUCCGGUGGUGGUAGUCCCUAUUCUGAAGGUGGGGCCCUCUAUGCUUUGGGUUUAAUUCAUGCAAACCACGGAGAAGGCAUCAAACAGUUCUUGAGGGAUAGCUUACGCAGUACCAAUGUGGAGGUGGUACAGCAUGGUGCUUGCUUAGGUCUUGGCUUGGCAGCUUUAGGGACCGCUGAUGAAGAUAUAUACGAAGAGAUAAAAAGUGUCCUCUACACUGACAGUGCUGUUGCAGGUGAAGCUGCGGGCAUUAGCAUAGGCUUACUAAUGGUGGGGACUGCAAGUGAGAAGGCAUCAGAGAUGCUGGUGUAUGCUCAUGAGACGCAACAUGAAAAAAUCAUAAGGGGGUUAGCUUUAGGUAUUGCUUUGACGGUUUAUGGAAGAGAAGAAGAAGCAGACACUCUAAUUGAACAGAUGACUCUGGAUCAAGAUGCCAUUAUACGUUACGGGGGGAUGUAUGCGUUAGCAUUAGCUUACAGUGGAACUGGAAAUAACAAGGCAAUCCGCCAAUUACUCCACUUUGCUGUGUCUGAUGUCAGCGAUGAUGUCAGGCGCACUGCUGUUUUAGCCCUUGGAUUUGUCCUGUACUCUGACCCAGAACAGACACCACGAACUGUGGCACUACUGGCGGAGUCGUACAACCCGCAUGUGCGGUAUGGUGCAGCCAUGGCUGUAGGCAUUUCAUGCGCUGGUACUGGGCUAAGUGAAGCCAUAUCUUUGUUAGAACCUCUGACAUCCGACGUAACCGAUUUUGUUCGACAAGGCGCGUUAAUCGCAAUGGCCAUGGUCAUGAUCCAAACCAGUGAAGCUAGUGACUCUCGUGUCGGGACCUUCAGACGACAAUUGGAAAAAAUAAUUCUGGACAAACACGAAGAUACAAUGAGCAAAAUGGGAGCUAUUUUAGCUUCAGGAAUUCUCGAUGCUGGUGGAAGAAAUGUUACAAUUAAAUUAUUAUCCAAAACCAAACACGACAAAAUGACCGCAGUUAUCGGUCUCGCUGUCUUCAGUCAGUUUUGGUACUGGUACCCACUGAUAUACUUCAUUAGUUUAUCAUUCUCUCCCACCGCUUUAAUCGGACUCAACUACGACUUAAAAGUACCAAAGUUUGAAUUUUUAUCACACGCCAAACCGUCAUUGUUUGAGUACCCUCGACCAACAACCGUCCCCACCGCUGCUUCAGCUGUGAAACUCCCAACAGCUGUUUUGUCCACGUCAGCAAGAGCCAAGGCUAGAGCUACCAAAAAGGAAGCUGAAAAAGCAAAUGCUGAAAAGUUGACCGGUGCUGCUGACUCAUCCAGUUCCGGCAAAGGGAAAGCUUCCGGUGAAAAGGACGAUGACUCGAUGCAGGUGGAUGGUGCUGCUACCGAGAAGGAGAAAAAGGCUGAACCCGAACCAACAUUUGAGAUCUUAACAAACCCCGCAAGAGUGGUCCCCGCGCAAGAGAAAUUCAUCAAGUUUCUAGAAGACAGUAGAUACGCACCAGUAAAACCAGCUACAUCUGGUUUUGUUCUCUUGAAAGACCUUCGCCCAACCGAACCAGAGGUUUUGGCUCUAACCGAUGCGCCCACAUCAACCGCCACGGGUGCGACCGCCACUGCACAAUCAGGAUCUGCUGCCGCCAUGGCUGUGGAUGAUGAGCCUCAACCACCCCAGCCGUUUGAAUACAGCUCAUGAUCACUGUUCUAGUCCGUUUGGUUUAGUUUGCCGGCUAUCGAGUAUUGGUCCGGUCUAUGCGUGGCUGAUUUGAUCUCAGUCGACACAGUUGCAUCUGGUGAGUUAGCUGGUUACAUUCAUGGGGUUUAUGUGGUGCGCUGGAGAACGUUGUAACCGAGUCAAGUGUAGGUAUUUCCCAUUGAUGUUUUGUCAAGACAGAUUGUGUUUGUUUAGUUACUCUUUUAUCUCUUUACAUUUCAUGUGAAAGCUUUUUACCAACA